CCUGCUCCAGCACCAGCACCUGCUCCAGCACCUGCUCCAGCACCAGCACCUGCUCCAGCACCUGCUCCAGCAGCUCUUGCUGCUACUGAAAUGUCCGUGGCCUCAGUCUCAGCACCAGCACCAGCUGCAGCACCUCGUGCUGCUUCUGAACAGUCCGUGGACUUAGCGCGGCCUUUUCUGCGACCUGUUCUAAGUGUACACUGGUGAGCUUAUCGGGGUUGAUUAUUUGUUGAGUCAGACUGGCCAGCCCCUUCAAAUACUCCCUGACUCAGAGGAGACAGACAAUAUGCUGGAGGAUGUGAACGAGAGAGAGGAAGAAGAAGAAGGAGAAGACGAGGGCUUCCAGGAAGACACAGUGUCAAGUCUCCUGGAUGACCCAAGCCUCACUGACUCUUCUCAGCCUGCAGCCACCUAUCUGCUCUUCCAGACUCCUGCCUCCUCCCAGCCUGCUAACUCCUCCUCCCAGCCUCCUGCCUCCUCCUUCCAGCCUCCAGCCUCCUUCCAGCCUCCUGCCUCCUCCCUGGCUGCUACCUCCUCCUUCCAGCCUCCAGCCUCCUUCCAGCCUCCUGCCUCCUCCCAGGCUGCUACCUCCUCAUCCCAGCCUCCUGCCUCCUCCCAGGCUGCUACCUCCUCCUCCCAGUCUGCUAGUUCCUCCUUCCAUCCUGCUGCCAUCAUACCGCAGCCAGGUGUCUCCUCAGAGUCCGAGGCUGUGGAUAAUUUGUGCAUGCCAGGGUUGGACAAGGUGGACAAGUUGGCAGAGUGUCUGGUGGAGUUGAGGAACCAGUCCUCCAUGGCUCUGAGCAACCAGACGGCAAGCAACAUUGUUGCUCUGUGGCAGAACCUGGAUGAGUAUGAUAAAAAAAGAAUCAUAUUCUCUGCCAGGCACCAGAGUCGGCUGGACACGGGGAGGUUCAAGUCCUCCAAAAAAAAGCAGGACUUCACUCCAGGGGUGGAAAGUUUGAAGAGGCACAGCCUGACAACCAUUGGCCCACUUGCACAGUGGCCUGACUGCUGCCGCCUGAUAGAGACUAUAUUUAUCAGGCUCUGCUCUAUUCACCGUAGUCCCAAGAAGAAGGGGGCUGGCACGCUGUCCAGAUGGCUGCUAAUCCUGGAUGACUAUCGUAAAGUCAGGCAGUGCAUUCUUGACAACGGGAUAGUCAUGCAGGAGACCACCCUGCAGCUGGUGGACGUGAGCCAUACAACCCUGGUGCAGUGGCACAAUAAGAGGGUGAAGAAGCAGGACAAUGCAGUUGUCAUACAAGGGCUAAAUAUGCCCAGUCCAAUGUCCCUGGCAGCUCACCCUCUUAUUUGUGCCACUCAACCACCAGCAUCAACACCCACCUUGCCGAGCCCGGCACACCUCUAUACGCUGCCCAGCAGCACUGUCGGACAGGCCAGGUUAAAGAGGAAGUCGGAGCGGCAGCUCUUUCCUGCUCCAUCCCUGGCCCCUCAGCUGGUGGUUCGACAGCCACCUUUCCUUCUCCCAUCCAAUGCCACAAGGCAGUUGUUCCCCGCUUCACCCUCGGUCCCUCAGAGGCUUGUUCCUGCUCUGGCUCCUGCUCCUGGCCCUGCUCCUGGCCCUGCUCCUCGCCCUGCUCCUCGCCUGGCCACUGCUCCUGGCCCUGCUCCUGGCCCUGCUCCUGCCACUGCUCCUGUCAUUUACUGCCCCUCAGUAGAGACAGUUCCAAAGGAGCAGUGGUUGGAAAGCAGGAGAAAAAAAUAACUUUGGACAUUAAUUUUGUAUAUAGUUGUUUAAUAUGUUUAGGUGUUCUAUUACAAUGUGGUGUUUUGUAUAUUUUGUCCGUAUCUUAUUUUAAUAAAUCGUUGCAUUUCUCAUA